CCUAAAGUACUACUUACACCCCGACACCUGCAACUCCAACAAAGCUCAACAACUUCUACCUUUACAUAUCCCCGCCAUAGACGAAACCUCUCCCUCUGCGAUCGAUCUCGAGAUAUUCUACAAUGAAGGAUCCCUUCUUCAUCCCGCCAAUACCAUGGCUGUCCGAGCUGGUGCAGCCGUUCAGUGACCGAUACAAUCUCCCUUCGCUGCCACUGCACAUCCACGAAGUGCUUCUGUCUGCUAUAUUCUAUUCACUCAUUUUCUGGCCCAUUUCGCCGAUUUUGUCAAGAUUAAUAGCUCCUCAACACUAUUCCAAGUUACCUCGCAAGCGACGACUCAACUGGGAUGCUCACGUGGUGUCUUUUAUCCAAAGCACCUUGAUCAACAUCAUUGCACUCUGGGUCAUGGCAGUAGAUCAAGAGAGAGGCAAUAUGGAUCAGGAAGAGAGGGUAUGGGGAUAUACCGGUGCUUUAGGUAUGGUCCAGGCCUUGGCGGCUGGCUAUUUUGUAUGGGAUCUGUUUGUGACCAGCUUGAACCUGGAUGUGUUUGGGCUCGGAACACUUGCGCACGCGAUCGCAGCUCUGCUGGUCUACACUCUUGGAUUUCGUCCCUUUGUCAACUACUACGGACCUACCUUCAUCUUAUGGGAGCUUUCCACGCCCUUCCUCAACAUUCAUUGGUUUUUUGACAAGGUCAACAUGACCGGAUCCCGCCCUCAGCUGUACAACGGCAUUCUUCUGCUCUUCAGCUUCUUCUCUUGCCGACUCAUCUAUGGCACCUUCCAAUCGUUUUGCAUAUUUAGAGACAUAUUCUCUGCUGUCAAUGCUCACCCAGCAAAGGCGUUUUCUCAAUCGCCCGUCAUGAUUUAUGCGACGUCAGAGACCACUGUUCCCUCUUGGCUUGCAACGUCAUAUCUCGUGUCAAAUCUCACUCUCAACUUUCUCAACUUUUACUGGUUUAUUAUGAUGAUAUCGGCUGUUCUUAAACGAUUCCAGCCGAACGAGAAGCACGAGAACGAGAAGCACGAGACGGUUACAGAAGCUGAAGUGGACUUGUCCUCGGUUGUCUCUGGAAUCUCUAGGGGCUCAGAGCCGCAGCGUCGGAAGCAGGAGAAGUCUUGAGACUUGGGGCAGUGAUUUUUGCCUUGACUUCCGUAUGACUGUUAUGAUGUUUAUCGAUUGGGAAGAGAUGAUGCCUUCAUGUGUCUGUGUCAUGGGGCUGCGCGGUGCGGUCAGGCGACCUAGACGGCUACAGGUAUGAGACAUGGUGCCGGUGCUAUGCGGGGGGAUUUCUUGCUAGUGUUGGGGUUUCGAAUUAUGGGAAUGCUGUAUGGUAAUUGGUUAGACUUUUGUUUUUUAUAUUUUUAUCCUUAUUUUUUUUUUGUUAUUAUUAUAUUUUGUUUUCAAGACGACGGCUGG